AUGACUUCAUUCACCGUCCAACUUGACCUGAUCCUCAUCUUAACUUUGGCCACCCAACCUUUUCCAAUGUCAGCUAACGAACCUAGUAUCAACAUCCAACUUAGUCAACGUGUACUAACGAGGACUCAGGGAUCAUCAGACCGGUCUAUCAUACCACAACCAAGGGAGCAGCUUGCAACUUCGAUUCUCACUAGGAUUAGACUACAGAAUAUCGUUGGAGAGAAGUGUAACAGAUAUAGGCGUACAAACGGUGUGAUGAUGCGUUCCAAUAAAGGAAUCUAUCCAACAACAACGAAAUCUACACGGGUGCAAGUGAAACCUACUGCAAAUUCAGGUGUUGAUGAGGACAGGGAGAGAGUGGAGGCUGCUAUCUUUUUCUUACGUUGCCAGGAAUGGAUGACAAGGAAAUAUAUCGAAGAGAUACGCAUACUGUACCUUAAUCCAUUGGAUGAACUGUGUAACGGGAUGAAACGCACAGUUGAAUCCGUAAGUAAAUCGAUGGAACCUUCAAGCGGUAGUUCAGCGCAAGGAGCGAUUGCCACAAAUAAAAGAAAUGGUGCUGAGGAAAAUCGCGUGGUUAGCAUGGAUAAAGUUGCCGAGAAAUUGCAGCAAGCAUUAAAAGCACUGCAACGAGAUGAUGGGGAAAUAAUACAAGGUUAUCGGUCAGUGACUCGUGAAAAAACGGUCUCAUUAGCUGACUGUUGCGCGUUGUAUCGGUUGAAGACAAUUCUGAAGGCAAUGCAGAAACUAUUGGAUAUACAAACAAGCUUGGAUAAAUGGUUCGAAAAUAAUAAGGAUGAUAUGACUACACAUAAGGGAUUAUUGAAAAAUUUAUUAACUAAUGCUCUCACAAAUUUUGAAAUGGCAUAUAUAAUCACCGAAUUAUUUGAUAUUCAACAAGUGCCGCUAAAAGAAAUUCAGAAAACUAAACCGAAAUAUUGCAAAUAUAUUCGAUCAGACAUUGGUACAAGGGACAUUGCGACCAUCAACAAACCACUAAACAAAGGAGUUACCACGAAAGACUACAUAAAAAAACUUGAGGGGCAGAUCAGUCAUUUUAGGACAGUAGUGUAUGAAAUAGCAAAGAAUCUCGAGAUUAUUAUUGAAACAAUUAUUGCGAAUGUUCGAGACCAUCAUUUGGAAGUGAACAUAAAACAGAUAGCAAUAAUUAUCGAUAAUUUGCCGCCCAGGUAUCGCUUUCCAGAAACGAUUCAUCUUUCGCCUUUCGCAAAAAAAUUAUUGGUAAAUGCACCUCCGAGUCCGGAUAAUGGAGGAGAUGUAUUUGGCAGUUCUUUGGACAAUUUGCUCAGUGGUAGCAGUAAUUCGAAACUAUCAACUCAGCCAUCACAAACAUCGAAAUCACACUCUUCGAACCAGAUAUGA